AUGUUGUCUUCACCAAGAGUAUCACACCGAAUCGAUGAGAAUAUAUUUAUUAUUGAACUUUGUGACACUGAUAAUUUAAAUUCUUUAACAUUCGAGGAUUUUCUUUUAAUUGCGACAUAUUUAGAAUUAGCUAAUGAAAAUUCUUCGAUUAAUUUUACCAUAAUUCAGAGUUCAGGUAAAUUUUUCAGUGCUGGUGGAAAAUUUACAUCUGUGUUGGAGUUAGCGCCGGAUUCCACUAAUAAUAAAAACCAAGAAGAGGCAGAUGAAGCUAAUACUGAAUUAAGAAAACUGUAUACUUUAAUCGGAAGUGUAGCCACUCCGAACGUAUAUGUGACGAAUGCGUUUGUUAAACAUACCAAGCCUAUAAUAUGUUCAUUAAACGGGCCUGCCAUUGGAUUGAGUGCCUGUCUUGUAUGUUUAUGUGAUAUAGUUUAUUCCAUGAAUGAUUCUGUUUAUUUAUUGUUUCCAUUUAGUAGUCUUGGAUUUGUUGCAGAAGUAGGUAGUUCUGUUACGUUGUAUGAUAAAUUAGGAAUCAAUACCACAAAUGAACAUUUAUUUUUCAGUACAAAGAUUCCAUUUGAAGAAUUGAAUGAGAAGAUAAUUGUUAAAAAUUAUAAUUUGGGGAAGGAUCACGAUGAUCAUAUUGAACAAACUAAAAAAUUUAAUUCUAAAGUGAUUUCUGAUUUAAAAUUGAAAAGUAAGCAUUUGAGUCUUGGUAGUCUUCAAGAAAUGAAAAAAUUACUAAGUUUUGAAACUAAUAAUAAAUUACGUCAAGCGCAAUCUUUAGAGACUAAUUCAACUUUACCAUUUUGGAUUAAUGGGGAGCCAUUCAAAAGAUUUAGAGAAUUACAACAAAAGAAGAGAAGACAUAAAUUGUGA